UUUACCGGUACAAGUAAUUUUUAAUUUACGGUUUGUUUCGGAUAAACUCAAAAAUUAGAGUGAUAAAAUAGAGUAACAAAAAAAAAAAAAUUCAGUGUUAAUCUUUUUUUCAACAAAAUUCCAAAAAAAAUUCACCUAUAAAUUGAAAAAAUCACGUGCUACCUCUUUUUAUAACUCCAACAAAUUUUUCCAAUUCUGUUUUAGAAAAUGAUUUUCAAUUGAUUUCAAUUAUUUAUUUUAAAAAUCCCUAAUUUUUUAUUUAUCAAAUUGAUUGAUGAUAUUCCGAUUACUUAAUUGAAUUCAAAAUUCUAUUUAAUCAUAUGAAAAAUUUGUCGAAGCUGCAAAAAAAAAAUUGUGCGAAAUUGAAGAAUUGAUUGAAUACGAGAGAGAAAAAUGAGGAUUGAGAAUGAAGGAGAAGAUGUAUCCGCUCCGCCAAAGCAUCUUGUGUUUGCUUAUUAUGUUACUGGUCAUGGAUUUGGCCAUGCCACUCGUGUUGUUGAGGUUGCUAGACAUUUGAUUCUUGCCGGGCAUGACGUGCACUUGGUUUCGGCAGCACCAGACUUCGUUUACACUACAGAAAUCCAGUCACCUCGUCUUCACAUUCGUAAAGUGCUCUUGGACUGUGGAGCUGUUCAGGCAGAUGCCUUGACAGUUGAUCGUCUAGCCUCUCUGGAAAAGUAUCAUGAGACAGCUGUUGUUCCCCGGAAUUCCAUAUUAAAGACUGAAGUUGAGUGGCUGAAUUCAAUCAAGGCAGAUUUAGUGGUUUCAGAUGUUGUUCCAGUCGCAUGUCGUGCUGCUGCAGAUGCUGGAAUUCGUUGUGUCUGUGUCACCAAUUUUAGUUGGGAUUUUAUAUAUGCAGAUUAUGUUUUGGCUGCUGGACAUCAUCACCGUUCCAUAGUUUGGCAGAUCGCAGAGGACUAUUCUCAUUCAGAGUUCCUGAUUCGUCUUCCAGGAUAUUGUCCAAUGCCUGCUUUUCGUGAUGUUAUUGAUGUACCUCUGGUUGUUAGGAGGUUACACAGAUCUCGCAAGGAGGUGAGAAAAGAGCUUGGAAUUGAGGAUGAUGUGAAGUUGCUGAUCCUUAAUUUUGGUGGGCAGCCAUCAGGCUUGAAACUGACGGAAGAUCAUUUACCUCCUGGAUGGAAAUGCCUGGUCUGUGGAGCCUCUGAUAAGGAUGAACUUCCACCAGGCUUCAUAAAGCUAGCAAGAGAUGCAUACACACCUGAUUUAAUAGCAGCUUCUGACUGCAUGCUUGGAAAAAUUGGAUAUGGGACAGCAAGUGAAGCCUUGGCAUACAAAUUACCCUUUGUCUUUGUACGCAGAGAUUAUUUUAACGAGGAACCCUUCUUGAGACAUCUGUUAGAGUUCUAUCAAUGUGGAGUUGAGAUGAUACGAAGAGAUUUACUGACUGGACACUGGAAGCCCUACAUUGAUCGUGCUAUGAGCUUGAAGCCAUGUUAUGCUGGUGGUGUAAAUGGUGGAGAGGUAGCUGCCCGGAUUUUGCAAGAUGCUGCUGUUGGAAAGUACUAUGUCUCAGAUAAACUGAGUGGUGCUAGAAGAUUACGCGAUGCAAUUGUUCUUGGUUACCAGCUUCAAAGAAUGCCAGGUAGAGAUCCUGAUCUCUGUGUUCCUGAAUGGUAUGCCAAUGCUCAAAAUGAAAUGGGUCGUCGUUCUGGUUCUCCAAAACUUGGUGCUGAUGGAGCGUUGGAGAAUUUUGAUAGCUUAUACACAGAAAGCUUUGAAAUUCUUCACGGUGAUCUUCGUGAUCUUCAUGAUACGAAGAGUUUCUUGAAUAGUUUAGCAGAUCUUGCUAAAGAUUUUGAGAAGGAUGUGAAGCAUCAUGCCCGGGAGUACAAAGCUGCAACAGCAUUCUUUAAUUGGGAGGAAGAAAUAUUCGUGGCUAGAGCACCUGGAAGGCUGGAUGUAAUGGGAGGUAUUGCUGACUAUUCAGGAAGCCUUGUUUUGCAGAUGCCUAUAAAAGAAGCAUGCCAUGUUGCAUUGCAAAAAAACCACCCUAAUAAACACAAGCUAUGGAAGCAUGCGCAGGCUCGGCAGCAAGAUAAAGGACAGGGACCAACACCUGUCCUUCAAAUUGUAUCUUUUGGAGCAGAGCUGAGCAAUCGUGGUCCAACUUUUGACAUGGAUUUGUCUGACUUUAUGGAAGGAGACAAGCCAAUCUCAUAUGAGAAGGCACAGCAGUACUUCUCCCGAGACCCUUCACAGAAGUGGGCAGCUUAUGUGGCAGGAACAAUUCUGGUUUUGAUGACUGAGUUGGGCGUACGAUUUGAGAAUAGUAUCAGUAUGCUGGUUUCUUCUGCUGUUCCCGAAGGUAAAGGUGUUUCAUCAUCUGCCUCUGUGGAGGUUGCUAGCAUGUCAGCUGUUGCAGCUGCUCAUGGGUUAGAUAUAUCUCCAAGAGACCUUGCAUUGCUCUGCCAAAAGGUUGAGAAUUGUGUUGUUGGAGCCCCAUGUGGUGUGAUGGAUCAGAUGGCUUCGGCAUGUGGUGAAGCAAAUAAACUUUUAGCAAUGGUUUGCCAGCCUGCUGAGGUCUUAGGAUUGGUGGAAAUCCCAAACCAUAUACGUUUCUGGGGUAUUGAUUCAGGAAUACGACACAGUGUUGGAGGUGCGGACUAUGGAUCAGUGAGAGUAGGUGCAUUCAUGGGGCGGGAGAUGAUAAAGUCUUCAGCAUCUGAUACAUUAUCUAAUUCACAAUCAAUCAAUGAUGUGGCAAACUCAAGUGAUGAUGCCAAUGGCUCUGAAUUAAUUGGAACUGAAGCUAAUUUGGAGUAUCUAUGCAAUCUAACGCCUCAUAGAUAUGAAGCUGCUUAUGCUAAUGUCCUCCCUGAGAGUGUAGAUGGGGAAACCUUUCUUGAAAGAUAUGGAAACCACAAUGAUCCUGUUACUGUAAUUGAUUCAAAGAGCUCUUACGCUGUCAGAGCAGCUGCAAGGCACCCUAUUUAUGAAAAUUUCCGAGUGAAGGCCUUCAAGGCACUCCUGACAUCCGCACCCUCUGAUGACCAGUUGACUGCUUUGGGGGAGCUGAUUUAUCAGUGUCACUACAGCUACAAUGCCUGUGGUUUGGGCUCGGAUGGUACAGAUAGGAUUGUAGAAUUGGUGCAGCAAAUGCAGCAUAGCAGAUCAUCUGGAUCAGAGGAUCCAGCACUCUAUGGGGCAAAGAUAACCGGUGGUGGCUCUGGAGGAACCGUAUGUGUAAUUGGAAGGAACUCCAUGAGGAGUAGCCAAGAAAUACUCGAGAUUCAGCAGAGAUACAAAAAAGCAACUGGAUAUAUGCCAUUUUUAUUUGAAGGUUCAUCACCAGGUGCAGGGAUGUUUGGCUAUUUAAAAGUCCGCUGUCGUCGAUCUUUGAAAUAAUAUUAGCAACAACUUCUUACAUAGUAUUUCCUUUCUUGAUUAUUUGGUUGUUAUCUCUCAUAUGUGGAAUUGCAUAAAAGGGAUACUUAAUAAGUUGUAGGAUUCUAAAUUUAGGUUCAAACAAAAACCUUAUUGUUCUUCGAUUAGAAAACAUUGUCUGAUUAAACAUUAUUUGCACAUUGCACCACUUCAUUGGAAUCUAUAUUAUUUCUUCAACUCUUCA